UAACGCCCAGCGACGCCGCGGACUCGUCUCCCCGGCCGAGGCGAGCUUGCAAGCCCAGCUGCCUUGCAGGGCAAAAGAUAGACAAACUAAACGCCAAAGAACCUCCAGCCUCUGUUUCUGCCUGGUUUUAUUUUAUCUCCUGUAAUUAUUUCGGAAAAAAAUAACCAAAAAAUACAUCGCCGUGUUUUUAACAAUUCGUGCCGCGUGUGCAGCUGUUUCCAGCACACCCCUGAUAAACAAAGGAAAAGGGGGAGGGGGCCACGUUUCGCAGAAGACAUGCGUUCCGUCAGGAAGAGGUGGACUGUGUGCACCAUAAGUCUCCUCCUCAUCUUCUAUAAGACGAAGGAAAUAACACGGACCGAGGAGCGGCAGGAGGCAGCUCUCGCCGGAGAUGGUGUACUGAGUUUGAGUAGAUCAAUGAUCAAUAGCUCCGAUAAGAUAAUUCAAAAGGGUGGCUCCUCAAUUUUCCAACAUGCUGCAGAAGGUUGGAAAAUCAAUUCUUCUUUGGUAAUGGAAAUAAGGAAGAAUAUUCUUCAGUUCUUGGAUGCUGAAAGAGAUGUCUCAGUGGUCAAAAGCAGCUUCAAGCCUGGAGAUGUAAUUCAUUAUGUACUGGAUAGACGUCGCACUCUAAAUAUUUCUCAAAAUUUGCACAGCCUUCUCCCGGAAGUUUCCCCAAUGAAAAAUCGCCGAUUUAAAACCUGUGCAGUUGUUGGGAAUUCUGGUGUCCUUCUGAAGAGUGGUUGUGGAAAAGAGAUUGACAGCCAUGACUUUGUAAUAAGGUGCAAUCUAGCUCCUGUGGUGGAGUAUGCUGCCGAUGUGGGAACUAAAUCUGAUUUUAUUACCAUGAACCCAUCAGUUGUACAAAGAGCUUUUGGAGGCUUUCGGAAUGAGAGUGACAGAGAAAAAUUUGUGCAUAGACUGUCCAUGCUGAAUGACAGUGUCCUUUGGAUCCCAGCUUUCAUGGUCAAAGGUGGAGAGAAGCAUGUGGAAUGGGUUAAUGCAUUAAUCCUUAAGAAUAAAUUGAAAGUGCGAACUGCCUAUCCAUCCCUGAGACUUAUUCAUGCUGUCAGAGGCUAUUGGCUGACAAACAAGGUGCACAUUAAACGACCCAGCACUGGUCUCCUCAUGUAUACGCUUGCCACCAGAUUUUGUGAUGAAAUUCAUCUGUACGGAUUUUGGCCAUUCCCAAAGGAUUUACUUGGAAAACCAGUCAAGUAUCACUACUAUGAUGAUCUGAAGUAUCGAUACUUUUCUAAUGCCAGUCCUCAUAGGAUGCCAUUAGAGUUUAAAACAUUGUAUGUGUUACAUAAUAGAGGAGCACUUAAAUUGACAACAGGGAAAUGCAUACAGCAAUAUAGCACUAGUAUUGUACAAUAAAUACAGAAUACACACCUCAUCAUAAAGAUCAUAAAGAUCAUGUGAAAUGGCAAUGGGAUCACAGUGGGGAUUUGUUUCGAUACCCACUAAGUCAUUGGAAGAACAUGUUAUAUCAGAAGUACAUAACCAGCUAUUAUACCUGUAAAGUGCUAUAUAUAACUAAGCUAUCCUGACUGCAAGGGUUCAAGUGCCACUUUCAGUAAAACGAAAGCUUGAAUGUAUGCUCAGUAGUGUUUACAGGAUGCAGUGACACAUUCAUCAUGAAUUAAAGAAGAAAAAGAGCCUGCCAAUUUGCAGCUGUGGUCAGACAGCCCACACAAGAAUACCCAGUGGAUGGAAUAUUUACUUGAGUAAAUAAAUCAGGCUUUGGCAGAAAAUAUCAUGAUGGAUUUGAGCAGAGAAAGUGAAGUCUGUAAGAUCAAAAAAAUCAGUAAAUGCCUUCAAUCAGAGAACUGUUUCUGAUAUUGUAUUAUAACCUCAGCUUUUGUUGCUGUUUUUAUUGCAGUUGGUUGGGUUUUGUUGCUUUUAAGUUUUGGAGCCCAUACCAGAUUUCAAGGAUGUUAUGAGUAAUUACAUUUUUUUAUCUUACGGAAUUGUCUUAAGGAAUAAAGAUUUGUAAGCAUAGGAGGGUGGAGUGGAACAUCAAAUAUUUUACCAAGUGUUAUUGUGUUGCAUCCUGCUGUCACACAGUCCUCAACAUCCCAAUUGUUUUUCUAGAUACUGUUGUCAGUACCCAUUACAUGAAACCACACAGAUGCCAUCUGACUUAUAAGUUUUUCUCUCCUGUACAGAUUUGAAGACAUUCAAGAGGGUGCCCUUGUUUUC